UCGGUGUUUGUGUGGGUGAGUGUGAGGCUUUGAGCAAGGAGAAGAGAGAGAUGGAGAGAGAAGAGCAAAAGCAAGGUCUUCAAUCCCCUCUAAUUAAUCAGGUAUCUGAUGGAGAUGAAGUUGGGUUAGAUAAUGGAAGCUUGAGAACAGAGAUUGUUGAGGAAGUGAAGAAACAGUUGUGGUUAGCAGGGCCUUUGGUAUUAGUGAAUCUCUUACAGUUUUGUUUACAGAUGAUAUCAGUCAUGUUUGUUGGUCAUCUUGGGGAGUUAGCUCUCUCAGGUGCUUCCAUGGCCACUUCUUUCGCAUCCGUCACUGGUUUCAGCUUAUUGAGGGGAAUGGGAAGUGCAAUAGAGACCUUAUGUGGCCAGUCUUAUGGAGCAAAACAGUACCAUCAGCUUGGCAUACAUAUGCAGAGGGCCAUGUUUGUUCUUUUACUUGUUAGUAUUCCACUCACUUUCAUCUGGGCUUACACUGGCGAAAUACUUACCGCCCUGAGGCAAGAUCCAGAGAUAUCAGCAGAGGCAGGACUCUAUGCUCGUUACAUGAUUCCCAGCAUUUUCGCCUAUGGCAUUCUUCAAUGUCAAGUCAGAUUUCUGCAAUCACAAAAUAAUGUUGUCCCAAUGAUGAUAAGCUCUGGAAUUACAACUCUACUUCACAUCCUUGUUUGUUGGGUUCUAGUGUUCAAAUCUGGCCUUGGUAAUAAAGGUGCUGCUUUGGCAAAUGCCAUCUCUUACUGGAUCAAUGUGGUGUUGUUGGUAAUUUAUAUCAAGUUCUCUCCUGCCUGCAAGAAGACUUGGACUGGUUUUUCAAAGGAGGCACUACAUGGUAUUAUCAACUUUUUAGGGCUUGCAAUUCCUUCAGCAGGAAUGAUCUGCUUAGAAAUCUGGUCAUUUGAGAUGGUUGUUCUCCUAUCUGGUCUUCUUCCUAAUCCAAGGCUAGAAACUUCAGUCUUGUCAAUCAGCCUUAACACAUGUGCAUUAUUCUAUAUGAUCCCCCUGGGACUUAGCGGAGCAACAAGCACUAGAGUUUCAAAUGAAUUGGGUGCCGGGCACUCAAAAGCUGCAUGCUUAGCCGUAUGUGUUUCCAUCCUCAUGGUCAUUAUUGAAGGUAUUUCAGUAGGCACUAUCAUGUUCUUGAUUCGUAGAUGGUGGGGUUACUGUUACAGCAGUGAAGAAGAAGUAGUGGAUUAUGUAGCAACAAUUAUGCCACUGCUUGCUACAGCCUACUUAUUUGAUGGUAUCCAGUCUGUACUUUCAGGAGCGGCUAGAGGAUGUGGUUGGCAAAAGAUUGGUGCUUUUGUCAAUUUGGGAGCUUAUUAUCUUGUGGGCUUUCCUUCAGCAAUUUUAUUUGCAUUCAUCUUCCAUGUUGGAGGAAAGGGACUCUGGUUCGGGAUUAUGUGCGGACUUUUUGUACAGAUGUUAUUGCUUCUAAUCGUUACUUUACGCACUAAUUGGCAGCAAGAAGCAAGAAAGGCUACUGAAAGAGUCUACAACUCCAUCAUCCCUACAAAUUCAGUAUCAUGAAGCUAACUUAAACAAAUGUAUGGCAAAGGUGGUCGAGUUUAGAUUCAUAGCACGGUCUUGAUGCCAAAGAAGGCAUCAGAUUAAAUGUAACUUCAGGAUUCAAGUGUAUAUGUCUGCUUAAGUACCCAGAUUUUCUGCUAUUGUAUGUUACCUUAAUUUUUUUGGCUUAUCAUUUUCCAUGACAUGUAAAUUGGGAAUUAAUGAUUUGUAUUCUUCUUUCUCAA